AUAAGUUACACACACCGGAUUGAAUAUAUAUAUAUAUAUAUCACAAAAAGGAAAAGCAUAAGCAAUAAGUCAUGGACCAUCAAACACUUCUACUAGUGAUUUCCUUUGUAAGUGCAACCAUUCUCAUCUUCAUUCUUAGAAAAUCAAACCAAACCCAAAAUUCUACUAAACUUCCACCAGGGCCAAAGCCACUUCCCAUCAUUGGAAACAUCUUAGAACUUGGCAAAAAUCCACACAAGGCAUUAACAAAACUCUCAAAAAUCUAUGGACCAAUCAUGACAUUAAAACUAGGAAGCAUAACAACCAUAGUGAUCUCUUCCCCACAAGUAGCCAAACAAGUUUUACAUGACAAUUCUCAAAUCUUUUCAAAUAGAACUGUCCCACAUGCAAUCUCUGCAGUUGAUCAUGACAAAUUCUCAGUUGGGUGGGUUCCAACAUUAAAUUUGUGGAAGAAACUAAGGAAAAGUUGUGCUACAAAAGUAUUUUCUACAAAAAUGCUUGACUCAACAAGAAACCUUCGCCAACAAAAGUUGCAAGAAUUAUUAGAUUAUGUGAAUGAAAAAAGUAACAAAGGUGAGGUUUUUGAUAUUGGUGAAGCUGUUUUUACAAAUGUCCUUAAUUCAAUUUCAAACACUUUGUUCUCUAUGGAUUUGGCACAUUCCACAGUACCUGAUGAGAAGUCUCAAGAAUUUAAGACCAUUAUUUGGGGUAUCAUGGAAGAAGCUGGUAAGCCUAAUAUUUCAGAUUUCUUUCCAAUUCUUCGUCCCUUAGAUCCACAAGGUUUGUAUGCAAGGAUGACCAAUCAUAUGAAGAAGUUGUGUGAGAUUUUUGAUGGAAUUAUUGAAGAAAGAAUUCGUUCAAGAUCCUCCAAAGUUGUUGAGGUUUGCAAUGAUGUGUUAGAUUCACUUCUUAAUAUUAAUAUUGGAGAAGCAACUUCGGAAUUGAGCCGCAGUGAGAUGGUGCAUCUGUUUCUGGACUUAUUUGUUGCUGGGAUUGACACAACAUCAAGCAUAAUUGAAUGGAUUAUUGCAGAGCUACUACGUAAUCCUGACAAAUUAACAAAAGUAAGAAAAGAGUUAUGUCAAACAAUUGGCAAAGGUGAAACCAUUGAAGAAUCACACAUUUUCAAGUUACCUUUCUUACAAGCAGUUGUGAAAGAAACCUUUAGGUUGCACCCACCAAUUCCAUUAUUGUUACCUCACAAAUGUGAUGAGCUUGUGAACAUAUUAGGCUUUAAUGUGCCAAAAAAUGCACAAGUACUAGUCAAUGUGUGGGCUAUGGGGAGAGAUCCAACCAUUUGGAAAAAUCCAGAUAUGUUUGCACCUGAAAGAUUUUUGGAGUGUGACAUUAACUAUAAAGGUAAUAAUUUUGAGCUUAUACCCUUUGGAGCUGGCAAAAGAAUUUGUCCAGGAUUGCCAUUAGCUCAUAGAACUAUGCAUUUAAUGGUGGCAUCCCUUCUACACAAUUUUGAAUGGAAUCUUGCUGAUGGGCUAAUACCGGAACAAUUGAACAUGGACGAACAAUUUGGAUUAACCUUAAAGAGGGUCCAACCUCUUCGAGUUCAAGCUAUUUCAUCAGCCUAAGGAGAAGGGUAAAAGAGUAUAUGGUUUAUGGUUGGGUCACGAAUGUUGUUGUAAAUUGCACUUGCAAUCGCGGUUGUAAUUACACUCCAAAAUAGUUUAUAUUGUGGUAUGUAAACAAAUUCAAUCGAUUUCGUUGCAGUUGCGAUCAUGAUAUCAUUGGUGAGAUCACUAAAAUUGUUAUAUUCAGUUGUUAUAGUCAUAUAACAACAUCUUCUGUGAUUGUUGCACAAUCAUAGUUUUCAAAUUCAGAUCUAAGAGCACCUUCAUCCAAAAACUGUGUUGGACGCUCUAGAGAAUCCAAACAUAAUAAAGUGACAUUGUAGAAGUGUUAUGUUUGAUUCUCCGUGGACUUCAACUUCAAUUAUUAUUAGUUGUGCAUGAACCACAUGCUUAUGCUUUUAUAACAAGAAUUUUAUUUUUCACAUGUUGACAUGUGCAUAAA